AAAUAAUCCCCAAAAUCUCAUAGAUGAUCCAAUCUAAUCGUUGCAACACAUAAAAACUCCCCAGCGGAAUGUGCCAGAUUUUAUAUUCUCUCGGGACAAAUAUGAAUCAUGUGAUAGCUGUGGUGAUAGUAGUAUCCUUAGUACAGACAAACAUUGGUUGAAAUUAAGUUCCCAAACAUGCGAGUUCACUGCAAAAUUAGGAAGGGAACUUUGUAAUAUUUACUGUCCAAAUUAUUCCUCAUCCCUUCCUCAGUCCUCAUUCCGAGGUUUAUCAACCACAAGCUCCUCUCUCAUAAUCAUAACCAUCGAUUGUCCAAUUUUUACUUCUGGUUGCAUACAAUAAGGUAAAGAAGCUUGAAAAUGAAGGGGGGACUCAUAUCAUCCCCACCAUCAUCACCGGUGGUAAUCCCACCUCGCGUCCUUUCUAAAUCCUCCAUCAAAUCUUGUACAGUUUCACAAUCACGGGGUUCAUCAAGUAAUAUUACAGACCACUCUGCCCUUUCGUGGGAUUUGAAAUCGUGUAAUAACAAGUCCGUAAUUCAUUCGAGAACCCGAUUAAGGUGUAAUUGUAGUUCUAGCCCAGGUGGCCCUUUUGGUCAAGGUGAAAAUGACAGUAAAAGUGUUCUUGAUGCUUUUUUCCUUGGGAAGGCUCUUGCGGAGUCAAUUAAUGAGCGACUGGAGUCUGCUAUGGGGGAGAUUCUGAGUGCAGUUGGAAGGUUACAAGCAGAUCAACAAAAACAGAUUCAGGAUUUCCAGGUGAGAAGUUAUGCAACCAGAUUACACCUUUAUUAACCUUGAGAAUAUUGUCAUUUAAUGUUUUUCUUCUUUUAGCUAAAACUAAUUUAACCACUGAGUGAACCUGUGUUGCGUAGAGUUUGUACAAAAAAUUACUUCUUCAAAUUCUUUUUGCAUCUUAUCUUUGUCAAAGUUUAUUACUAACUUAAUUGCCUAUUGGUAGCUAAGAACUUGUGUAAAUUACAUAUCAAAUAUAAACUGUAGUUUCCUUUUCAUUCAUAUCUUUGACAAAGUUUAUGAAAGAACCGAGCCCCUGUCUGCAUCUUAGUGGCUAGAGGGCCCCAAUGGAUAAAAGAAAUUAGAUUGUCUUUAUGCCAUCCAAAUUUCUUUAGUCUGAGGUGGUUCUUUACCAUGUUGAGCUAUUGCUUUGUGUAAAUAAGAUUAUAGUAUACAUACUGUGCUUGAUGAGAAGAAAUAUCUUUAGGAUCUACUUUCUUUUGUUAAUAUCGAGGCUUAAGUGAGGCCCCUGUCUGCAUCUUAGUGACUAGAGGACCCCAAUGGAUAACAGAAAUUAAAUUGUGUUUAUACUAUCAUAAUUCCUUGAGUCUGAGGUGGUUCUUUGUCAUGUUGAAAUUUUGUUUGCUGUGUAGAACUCAGAUAUCAAAGUAAUACAUACGAUGCUUAAUGAGAAGAAAUAUUCUCGAGACUCUACUUUCUAUCGUUACUAUUUAGGUUGAAGUUAGGCAUUUAAAACCAGAGCUAUUCAUCAUGCGCAGAAGUUAACUUCUCGUUCAUGUUAAAGCUGUCACAUCCAAGAAAUGGGCAAGAAAGUAAAUCAUCAAUAUUCUGAAUGUUGUGCAACAGUUACUGGCAUUUGAUUCUACGAAUCGUUUCUCAUGUAACUAGAACGAAAAUGGAAGAACAGAACAAACAUGACUGUCGAAGACCGCACAUAGUUAAGAUCUAUAAAAAGCUAGGAAUUUUGGGUUGGAUUAUCAGAUGUUUGUCAUUCUCGGGGUCUAGUUCGUUAUGCUGUCCAAGAAGAAAUGAGUUGAUAUAAUCUUUAUUCAUUGAUUUUCUUAAAAUUUCUUCUGUGCUUACCCUAGAUAGCUUUGGCUUAUGAUGAAGACCCCUUUAAAGUUGUGUGCGUCUUAGUUUUCUUGCUUUUGAGUAUUUAUUGACCUUAUCUGGAGUCUGAAAUAUGCUAGAUUACGUGAAAGGAUAUAGGAUGCAUGUGUAGCAAAUGAUAUAGCUUGGGGAGUUGUGAAUUUUAAAGAGCUUAGAGACGUAGUUUGUAUAUUGACAUCCUCCGAAUUUGUAGAAAGUAUGAAGGUGGUAAGCACUGGGCCCCUGUCUGCAUCUUAGUGGCUAGAGCCAAUGGAUAAUGGAAUUAGAUUGUCUUUAUGCUAUCCAAAGUUCUUUAGUCUAAGGUGGUUCUUUACCAUGUUGAGAUAUAGUUGUGUAAAACUUUAAUAUUAUAGUGUACAUGCUGUGCUUGAUGAGAAGAAAUAUCUUUAGGACCUACUUUCUUUUGUUAAUUUUGAGGCUGAAGUGAGGCCCCUGUCUGCAUCUUAGUGACUAGAGGACCUCAAUGGAUGACAGAAAUUAGAGUUUGUUUAAACUAUCAUAUUUCCUUGAGUCUGAGGUGGUUCUUUGUCAUGUUGAAAUUUUCUUUAUUGUAUAAAACUCAGGAAUCAAAGUAAUACAUAACUAUGCUUAAUGAGAAGAAAUAUUCUUGAGAAUCUACUUUCUUUUGUUACUAUUUCGGUUGAAGUUAGGCAUUCAAAACCAGAGCUAUUUAUCAUACGGCAGAAGUUAACUUCUUGUUCAUGUUAAGGCUGUCACAUCCCAAGAAAUGGGCAAGAAAGUUAAUCAUCAAUAUUCUGAAUUUUGUGCAACAGUUACUGGCAUUUGGUCCUACUAAUUGUUUCUCAUAUAACCGAAAGAAAAUGGACGAACAGAACAAACAUGACUGUAGAAGACUGCACAUAGUUAAGAUCUAUAUCAAGCUGGCAAUUUUUGGGUAGGAUUAUCAGAUGUUUGUCAUUCUCCGGGUCUUGUUCGUUAUGCUGUCUAAGAAGAAAUGAGUUGAUACAAUCUUUUUCAUGCUUUCCACUAACUUGCUUCUGUGCUUGCCCUGGAUAGCUCUGGCUUAUGAUGAAGACCCCUUUAAACUCGUGUGGAUGAGAGUGGUUUCUUUCUACACUUCUUUUGGCGUCUUAGUUUUCUUGCUUUUGAGUAUUUAUUCACCUUAUCUGGAGUCUGAAAUAUGCUAGAUAACAUGAAAGGAAAUAAGAUCCAUAAGUGGCAAAUGAUAUAACCUGGGCAGUUGUGAAUGUUAAAGCACUUGCUACUGUAGUUUGUAGUUGGCAUCCUCUGAGUUUGUAAAUUGAAAGUGACAUAAGGACUUCACUGCUAUUGACCAGAUGUUACAAUCUCUAAAAUUUAUCUGGUGUUUUCCUUUUCUGUUACACCUGGCCCCUACAGAAACAUGAUCAAUUUGCUGUUACUGGUUAGAAAAUGUUAUUUUCCCGAGAUUGGAGCUAUUGUUGUCAGCACAGAGUCUACUUAUUGGACAAAAUUUCUGACAGUAAAUCUUGAUUUAUUUUUAUUCCCAUGCCAUUGGAGAAUAUAUCUAUUUCCUUCUAGAAAGUGAGUUCUUUUAAGCAUUUGACACUGACAGGAGGACGUUCUACAAAGAGCUAGACGGGCUAAAGAGAAAGCUGCUCGUGAGGCUAUGCAGACACAAGGAUAUGCACCCAAAUCAUCGACAUCAGAGAUAAUUCCAAUAACAAAUGGUUCUGCUGGACAAUCAGAUAAUGGGGUAGAAUCUGCAACCUCCAACAAGCCAGACUCAACAAAUGAAGAUUCGAGUGUAGGGUUAUGAAAUGAGGAAUGAUGACAAAUCUAUGUAGGUACGUAUAUUUGUCGCACUCUUUGAUCUUCUUGUCAGGUUUCUUUACCCUUAUAGUAACAAAAUCGAUAGUACUUGAAAUUCUCCUUACAGAAGCUUCUUAAUAGAAUUCCGUGUUGUAACAUUAUUACUGAUUUUUGUGUUCAUAAACGCCUCAGAUAGCCUCUCAUGACCAAAUGGUGCAUCUUUUGCACCCCUCAUUUUGGUGAUAACCUGUAGAUUCUGCUUCUAAUACAAAGAAUCUUUUAGCAUACAAGCUGGUCCUUGAAUUACAGAAAUCAUCUUGUCAACGACAGUAUGAAUAUUUCUAUAAUUUGUUCGAAAAGUAAGAUUCAAGCACUAAAUAUUGGGGGAAAAUUACCUCUUUCUAGAUUUCUGCAAAACGGUAACCCAUGUUCCUAAUCCUAUUAUCUCAAGUACACUCUUCCUUUAC